AUGGUUGCUGACGAGAUCAUAUCGGAUAAUGGCACGCAGCUCAAAUCUAAACAGCUUACCGAAAUGUUACAGAGCAUGGGCAUCCGCCAUUGUUUCACGCCAGUUUGUACUCCGCAGUGCAAUCCGGUCGAGCGAACGAACAGAUUGAUUAAGACAAUGGUCUCUCAAUUUAUCAAUCGCAGCCAAAGGCGGUGGGACAAACGCAUUCCAGCUUUACAGUUCAGGUAUAACACAGCGCGGCACGAGGCAACAGGCUACUCACCGGCUUACUUAAAUCACGAAAGAGAGCUCGCCCGACCGAACGCCGAGGACCGACCGCAGAGAACGACCGCCGUGGUACCGCAUGUCCUACAGAAAAAAUUAGAAGAUGCGUUUGAGCUUGUGCAAAUGCACUUUGCACGGACGUUCCACCGUCAGGCGCAGCAUUAUAAUCUCCGCCAACGCGACUGGCGGCCAAAGAUAAAAGAGCAAGUUUGGAAGAGAGUGCAUCCAUUGUCAAAGAAAGCAGACGGUUUCAAUGCUAAAUUUGCUCCGCAAUACAUCAGGCCGUUAAUUGUAAAACGUUACAUAUUGUCAGUGAUUGCCGAUCUGCAGGACCGACAAAAUGAUUGGCACUGGCACGUUCAAGAUUCAAAAAAGGUCUUACCGACAGAAACUAACGAUACCGACAGUGAUGACAACGAGCCAGAAAAUCAAACGGCUGAAAUUGGCAAAAUACAAAUCUCAGCGGAAAGUCACUUCGUGAUAAACAACAUGAAGGGUAUAAAAGGCUGA